UACAGCUAGCAUGAAGGUGGAGGCUCACCUACCGUAGCCCUUUACUUCUUCCUUUCCUUCCCUCUCCUUCAAUCACUACUCAGCUACUACCCACUAUUAGUAGUACCCACUCUCCUCCUCUUUUCCUUUCUUUUUUAGCUUCAAUCUCUCUCCCUCUUCUUCAUUCCCUCUCUCCGUUUUAAAACUCAAACACAUAUCACACAUUCCUCGUCGCUCCCACUGUCCUCUCUCUUUCUCUAAGGUGUUUAAAAUUACAAACUCCCAAAAACCCCAACAAGAAAUUCGAAUUACCAAGAAUUCCCUUCUCUUCUGUCAAGGAAGGAAUAAAAAGUUAAAGAAGCGAGGAGAAGAGAAAAUGAUUGGACAGACAAAUACUACUAGUAAUUUCAUGGACGAGAUAGAUUGUGGAAGCUUUUUCGAGCACAUCGACGACCUCCUCGAAUUCCCUUCUGAUGAUGUCGACGCUACUUUACCUGACUGCACCACCACAAACAACCAUACCAGUUGUUUCAUGAACAACGAUGAUAACUCGUUUCCUGGUAUUUGGUCGACUCAGUCCGACUCGCUCCCGGGUUCUGCCUCUGACCUAUCUGCCGAGUUGUCCGUUCCUUAUGAAGAUAUUGUUCAGCUGGAAUGGCUAUCAAACUUUGUGGAGGAUUCCUUCUCUGGAGGAAGCCUGACGAUGAAGAAAGAGGAGUCCACAAUCGUCAACAACAAGGAAUCGCCGCCACAUCACCAGUACCAGUUCCAGACUUCCAGCCCAGUUUCUGUCCUUGAGAGCAGUAGCUCCUGCUCAGGAGAGAAAACUGCACCGCGUAGCCCUGAAGUUGGUGCUUCUGGCAAACGUGGGCGUGCUCGUAGCAAGCGUCCUCGCCCUGCUACAUUCACUCCUCGUCCAGCAAUGCAACUCAUUUCGCCCACUUCGUCAAUCACUGAGGUUCCCCAGCCAUUCGUUCCACCUAAGAUCGCUUUGGACUCUGAGAACUUUGCUGAGUCCAGACUUGUGAUCAAGAUACCGAACCAUGUUGACCCAGAACAUAAGAAGAAGAAGAAAAUUAAGUUUACUGUUCCGUUAGGUCCCGUGGAGAUGAACCAAAACUCAUCACCACAGCAAGCAGUGAGAAAAUGCAUGCAUUGUGAGAUAACCAAGACACCACAAUGGAGAGCAGGGCCAAUGGGACCAAAAACCCUUUGCAAUGCUUGUGGUGUUCGCUACAAGUCAGGUCGGCUUUUCCCCGAGUACCGGCCCGCGGCUAGUCCAACCUUCGUUCCUUCCCUGCAUUCCAAUUCCCAUAAGAAAGUUGUUGAGAUGAGAGCAAAGUCUGGGGAGAAAAUUACUGUCAGCAGACCUGCUGCAAUGGUGGCCAACCCGCCGGAGUUGAUUCCUAAUAAGAGCAACCCUGCAAUGGAUUACAUAUAAGGGAUGGUGUAGAGAACAGUGUUCCAAUUGGAUCAUUUCAAAUUGAUGGCUGCCUAUUUUCUGUUCGUUUACUGUUAUUUCAUUUCUUUCUUCGUUGGAUUUUUGUACAGGGAUGGAACGGUGAAUAGAAGCACUAGAUGACCACAAUUUUAGCCAGUAGAGAAGCAUUGUAAGACAGAACUCAGAAAAUGGUUAGUGCGUAAUGGAAGCUUAAGGGAUAGUAGAGUUUUAGGUUUAGUCAAGGGUAGGUCCUUAAUUAAGGUAAGUAGGUAUUGGGAGUCUGUUUGUUUCUUCCUUGCAUUCUUUUUUAUUUUUCCUUUGCCAUGGGUAUUCUUUUUGCAGUUCAAUGUGUUAGUAAAAAAAUCUGAGACGAGUAAUGGAUUUUUAGCACUUUGUAAUGCUUCAUCAA